GCAUGGUUUAUGCUCUCGCCUCCAUGAACACCCGUCGAGUGUUGCUCCUCAUUCUUGCUCUAUUUGUAGUGAUGACUUGCGGCGUCGAGAGUAGACGGCAGUGCUUCCCUUCAUCCUGUGGUGACAUUCACAAUAUAAGCUAUCCGUUUCGACUGAAAAGUGACCCGAAAGGAUGCGGCUUCUUGGAUUUCGAGUUGGCUUGUGAAGAUAAUCGCACUAUUGGAUAUUGGUCUGAUGAUGAUCGAUACUAUGUAAAGUCUAUUGAUUAUUCCAACCACCGAAUCAGAUUCGUUGACGACGGACUGCAAAGGGAUAACUGCUCGUCUCUUCCCCGUCGUUCGGUGUUGGGGUAUGAUGGGCACAAUGGCACUAAUCUUAACGUAAGUACAUUGGUCAUUGUGAACUGCUCAAAGCCAGUUGAUUCUCCAGUCUAUAUUGCUACCAGUCCAUGCGUGAAGGGGCCGUACUCUUCCAACACGUCAUCAAAUUGGAACUCGUAUGCUUUAGUCAAUCCGAAAGCAUCAUAUAUCCGGGAUUUUUGCACCAUUCAGUAUUGGACGUGGGUAUCAUAUAAUUUUGGGGGUGAAGAGCAGAUUAAUAGUAGCUCCUACAACUACGAGCGUAUCCAUAACAUCAUGUCCGAUGGAUUUGUUCUCCACUAUGGUUAUGAUUUUUUUACAUCGAAGUGGACUUUCUUUUGCUACUUUGAUUUGUAUGGCUACUUCCAUUUCUAUAACUACUUUCAUUCUGGUCGCUUAGCAAGUAGCUUUUCCGGAGGUCAGGUUUGCAGAUCCAAGUACUAUUAUGGUGGUGUCCUAGACGAUAUUGCCUUUUGGACAGCUUGGGAUAUUACAAUACUAUUAGUGCUUUUCUGUGUAGUGAAGUUCGUUAUCGGGAUGCCGUUUGUCGCGAUAUUUCUGAUCUACAAGUACAGAAGAAGGCAUUUAGCAAUGGACCAUAACAUCGAAGAAUUCUUACAAGCUCAUAACAACUUUUUGCCCAUAAGGUACUCUUACUCGAAUAUUAAGAAAAUCACCAGAAACUUUAAGCACAAGCUAGGUGAAGGGGGUUAUGGUUCCGUGUACAAAGGAACGCUCAGAAGUGGCAAUGAAGUGGCUGUCAAAAUUUUGAAAAAGUCCAAGGGCCAUGGCCAAGAUUUCAUUAGUGAAGUGGCUACUAUUGGGAGAAUUCACCAUUUUAAUGUGGUGCAACUCACUGGUUUUUGCUUUGAAGGCACGAAACAAGCUCUUGUGUAUGAUUUCAUGUCAAAUGGAUCUUUGGAUAAGCAUAUUUUCACUAAGGAUGGUGAUAAGUUUCUGGAUUACAAGAAAAUAUACGAGAUCGCUCUUGGGGUGGCGAAUGGGAUUGAAUACUUACAUCGGGGGUGUGACAUGCAAAUACUACAUUUUGAUAUUAAACCGCACAACAUUCUUUUAGACAAGAAUUUCACUCCGAAAGUUUCUGAUUUUGGACUCGCGAAACUUUACCCCACCGAUCAUAGCAUAGUCUCUCUUACUGCUGCAAGAGGAACUUUAGGAUAUAUGGCGCCUGAGUUGUUCUACAAAAACAUCGGUGGUGUAUCUUAUAAAGCGGAUGUCUAUAGCUUCGGGAUGUUGCUCAUGGAAAUGGCAGGUAGAAGGAAAAAUGUAAAUGCAAAUGCGGAACACUCGAGCCAAAUUUAUUUUCCGAUGUGGGUGUAUGACAAAGUCAAUGAAGGAGAAAGUAUUGAAAUGGAAGAGGCUGUGGAAGAGGAAAGGAAGUUGAGGAAAAAGAUGAUAAUGGUUGCACUUUGGUGUAUACAAUUGAUCCCCGACCAUCGGCCCCCGAUGAAUAAAGUCUUAGAAAUGCUUGAAGGAGAUAUUGGUAAUAUUCAAAUGCCUCCAAAACCGCUUUUUUACACACCAAAUGAGCUAGUUGACGAUGACAAAGCUGAGAUGGAAUUAGAAACAUUCUCGAUUUCAUCAAGCGCUCCCAUAAUUUUCGCUAGUUUCCCAUUUGGAGAUAGCAAUGAUGUUUAGAGGACCAUGCACAGUUUGAUUGGAAAAGGUUUGUUCCCCAAAAUAUAGUAUUAUGUUUGGGAGGGAGGUAAGCCAGUUUAGCUUAUCAAGUGAUUACAUUUUGUCUUGGUCUAGCUCUUAGGUUAGUGUUGUGUUAUUGUACUUCAUAUAUAGUUUCAC